AUGGCUAUGAGUGAAAAAGAAAAAUACAGAUCAAUGGUAAUAACGCUAGUAAAUUCUGCACAAGUUUUCUACAUGGCUGGCAACAAUUUGAGCACAGGGUUUGAGAGAAAAGAAACACUGUUAAUAAUAUUGGUGAAGCUGUUCACGUCGAAGGUGGUUCAAUCAAAGAUACCAAAGAAAAGGAUGAGCAUGAAUCAAGGAAGAAGAGAAAGAAAGAGGGAAAAAUUCACACUCUUGGAAAAUUUGAUCAGCUUGGUAAUGAUACUGAAGAUGUUUUCCAAGAACAAAAAGAUGGAGUCAAAUCAUAGCCAGUCAAAAGAGAUUGAAAAUUCUGUUGAGGCUGAUGAUGGAACUGAGAUCAGAACUCGGAAGUCUAAGAAAUUAAAGAAAAAGAAAAAGGAAAAGAAAGGUAUUGAUGCAUCUAUGGAGGAUGAGAAGUUACCAGGGAAAACUAAAGAAGCUGAUGAGGAUGAAGUGUAUCAUAUAUCUUCAGGGGAUGAGGACUGCUCAAAAGGAAUGAAAAAAUGGGUUACAGAGUACUACGAAUGUAGACCAGGUUUGAAAGUAUUGCAACAAAGAAUCGAUGAGUUUAUAACUGCUCAUGAGGCACGACUUGAACAGGAAAGAGAAGAAAGAGAAGCCAAAGCUGCAGAAGGGGGAUGGACAGUAGUUGUACAUCAUAAAGGAAGGAAAAAGACGACAGAUUCCGAAAGUGGAAUCACUGUUGGUUCGGUUUCUCAAGCUGCUAUGGAGGAUAAGAUGGCCAAGAAGAAGAGCAAGGAAGUUGGGCUAGAUUUCUAUCGGUUCCAAAGAAGGGAAGCCCAUCGGAGUGAAAUUAUGAUGCUUCAAGACAAAUUUGAGCAGGAUAGAAAGCGGAUACAGCAAUUGAGAGCUGCGAGGAAGUUUCGACCCUAUUGAAUCCAUAACUCGAACCCCCUAAUUGGAGAGUUGAGAGCUUUUUGUCAAUUAUGCUAAUCCCAUUUUUUCUGUACCUGCUGAAUUUAUCAAAUCAGAUAUACUGUAUCUUUCAGAUUGAAAAUUUACCAUUUUUGGAAGUAUUGUGAAGAUAUAAUUUUGCAAUUUAAAUUUUGACUC